AUGCAGUUCUCCGUCGUCUCCAUCGUUGCCGCUCUCGCUGCUGUCUCAUCGGCCUCCUACCUCCCAUCCAACGGAACCGCCAUCUACCCGACCGGCACUGCUGCUCCCACGGGCUCCAUGUCGCCCACUCCUUCAAACACCAUCCCCUUCACUGGUGCCGCUCCUGUAGCUACAGGCGCUGGCUCUGCGAUGGCUCUCCUUGUCGCUGCUGGAGGCGCUGCUUUGAUGAUCUAA